UACUAUGUACUGUGGGUACCAAGGUACAAGACAAUUGGUUAUGUCCUUAUCGAUAUGUCAGUUAUGUGAUAAGUGAAUUUGGAGCUGUUCAGAAAGUGCAAUUACUGCAAUUAGUGAGAACUCAGAACUCUUAUUCUUAUAAACGUUAUGUUUCAUCUCCCACAUACUGUCACCAUGAUGAAUGAUUAACAAAUGCUUUGAUAUUUUCUGUUGACAAAAAUGUUUCAACAGUUAUCUGGUGUUAGCAUUAUACUUUUUAUAGCAGGAGGAGUACAAACAAUUUUAUUCUUGUUCAUAUUUGCAAAAAGACAAAUAAUGAGAUUUACAAUUCGCUCCAGAAGAGGCCCUUAUACUCCUAUAGCUUGUGAUACAAAUAAUUUCUUAAAAAAAGAAAUUGAUAGGAGAAUUCGGACUCUGCCAAAAAUACAAUAUGAACCAGAUGUGAAAGAUUUCAAGACUAUCAGGAAUACAUACAGAAUACCAUCUCACUAUCAUCGGUUGCAAGCAAUAAGUGAUUUCAAAACCAUAGUCUAGAGAUAAUUUGAGAUAUAGAGUAAUCUAUAACUGAUUUAUUACUACCAGUCUAGCAAAGAUGUGCGGUAUGUGAGUAUAUGUAUUAAUUACUCAGAUAAAUUUCAAUUUCUACAUCAUCAUAAAAUUAGACAAUACAUAUAUUAUUUCUUCCCAUGCUGUA